GUGCGUGACUGGAGGCUGGCAGCUGUUUGGCAAGACCUCAAGCAUUUAGUGAACUUGAUCAACCAUCACCUCGCCUGCAAUUCGCUGCUUGAUGGCUCGCUUUUCCAAGACUCCUUGGGAUCGAUUCAAACACGACUCGUACAUCUACAGGACGGAAUCGACGACCAAUUUGAUGAGUGCCUUCGGCUAGGGAUGUUGGCUUUUCUGUCAACCACAUUGCAAAUCCCAGGCGGCAGGUUUCCUUAUAAGUAUCUCGCUGAGAGUCUUAGGAGCAUAUGCCAGACUACCGCCAGUGGCACGUUAGGAAACGAGGACAUCUUGUUCUGGCUCUUGAUGGUGUGCGCGAUCUCCUUCUUUGAGGCUGAGGAGGCCUGGCUGCGGCCUCUGUGGUUGAAAUUGGGGGUAAAGCAUUUGUCGUGGGACAGCGCGCGAUCUCGGUUGCAGACCGUCAUGUGGAUAAAUAAACUACAGGGGACACUCGGUCAGACGGUUUGGGCGAAGCUUGCUUUGAUAGAAGUAGUGUAAACUCUUCAACUAGUUCUCCUUAUUGGUAUGUUAAUUCAUAGGUUGAGUUGAGCAGCGCCGUCAUGCUGAUCACCUGCGGACGAU